GAUGAAACUCGACCUUCCCGUUCCUUAUUCUUAGACCUUCCAGACAGCAAUCUUUGUCUCUGAUCGAAAUGAGGCCCAUCGGGGUAUACCGUCCUAAAUGGCCUCGGCCUCGCCAGCUGUUCUCCGGCAAUUACUACUACGGCCUCCAACUCCAGUAUUCCCAGCCAUUGUCUACUGCUUCCAGAUUGGUCCCGCGCAGUCAAGGGCCUCUGCUGUACCCCGGGUCCAGAGCCCGAUAUGCAUCAACCGCAAUGCCAUCAACCCAACCCACCACCACUUCGUCCAACCAACCUCAACAAUCAAUUGAAGACCUAAUCUCUUCCCUCCCCUUAACCCGCUACCUCCGCAGCAGCACAUCCCCCAAGUACACCGAAUUCCGCCCCUACCGCACCAUGCACUCAUCCGCCCAGUCCACCCACCUAGUGACAACAUCCCUCCUCUCCCACCCAACCAAACUACCUACAGACCCAAUCUUUUUCCUCACGUCCCCUUCCACCCAACCCCAACCCCAACCCCAGCCUCAAAUAAUAGCAACCGCCUACCUCUCCACCCACCUCACCGGCCACGCAGGCUACAUCCACGGUGGCCUCCCAUUCCUGCUCUUCGACGACGUCUUCGCGCGGCUCGCCGCGGAGAUCUUCCCCAGCCGGGUCGGGAUGACCGCCACAAUGGGUCUUGAUUUCCGGGCCCCUGCUGUGCCGGGGCGGGUUUACGUCUGGAGGGCAUUUAUUGAGAAGAGGGAGAGUGAGAGGAAGGUGUGGGUACGUGGGGAAAUGAGGUGUUUGAGGGAGUUUGGGGUUGGGGAGAUGAGUGCGAGAGAUGUAGAUGUUGCGGGGGGUGAUGGGGUGAGUGUUGAGGAGAGGGAGGGCAUGCUUGUUGCUGAGGCCAGGGCGCUGUUUGUUGAGCCUCGGAAGGUGGAGGGGAUGGUGCCGCUGUACCCGAAAUGAUGAAUGCAUAAAUGCUGCUGGGAGUUUUAUGAUAGGUAUAGAUAAUAUCAUACUAGAUAUAGAGAUUAUAGAGAGAAGACAGCUUGAAUAUACUUUAUUACUUGUCUGAAACGCUAAAAAGUACUCCAUAUGCACUGACCUGUCAGUGUCUACGGAACUGUAUCCCACAAACCUAAUGCAGGAUAACCCACCGUUCGAUAGUUACCUUGUGUUUCAAGUCCAUUGAGCUACAUUAUAGGGUAAGUCUGAUGACUUCAGCGACUGGCUGGGUUUGACCAGCUGUCGGUCACCCUCUCCUCUAAAAUACCUAUUCGUCAGCAAGACGUCCAAACUUGCAGUACCAAUUACUCCAGGUCCCAGGUGGCACAGACCGCCGUCUGAUCGCGGGGCACGGAGUAUAGACCGCCGCGACAUUUGACGGCAUGACGGCAUAAAUAAAAGAUUGGGAGGAGAAAAAGAAAAAAAAAAAAAAAA